UUGCGCAGUGCAGAAUUUUCCCAAGUGCAGCAUCUCUCAUCUCUUUGUUAUUGUCCUGUCAAUUAUGUCCGUUCUUCUAUUCACUGGGCAAUCAGUGUGCUCCUGAAUCCAGCACCUCACAGUAAAACCAUGCAGCUUGUGUGGAAGCUAUCGUGUCUUCUUGCGCUUUUUGUACUCUUUUUCACAUCCUGCUUAUCCGAGGUGAACAUAUCAAAGAAUGACGACUUAGUCUACUAUGACUAUUCCGAUGGGAGCGAUGGUGGUGGCAGUGUUGAUACAGUUGAACAGGAGAUGAAUGAAGCUAUCGAUAGGGACUUCCAGGAACACAAUGCCAUUGACAAUAUCAUGUACAUCUACGGGGGUGAACGGAAGACGAUGUCUGGAAAGAAUAUCCUGAGUGUUGGAAGUACAGUUGCCCUUUUGGCCCAGACCAUCACAAUAAUUCUUAUUUAUGUAAGAAAUAGAAAACUCCCUCGUCGCAAUGUCUUCUAUCCGAUUGUGAUAAACUUUUUGUGUGUGGGCUUUAGUGCAAACUUUGUCUUCAUCGUGGGCGUUCAGGCAUCAUCAGGGAGUGCAUUUAGUUGCGAGAUAAUCGCUCUGAUCAUUCACUUCUUGCAUCUGAGUGUGGCACUGUGGGGUCUCAUCUACAUCCAGACCAUCUAUGUGUUUAUGGAAACAGACACGGGUCCCAAUAUGCGCCAAACAUACCUCACAGCCUAUGGUCUUCCGAUUUUCUACAUCACUUUCUCCUACAUCCUUACGGGUAAUGGCUAUGAGACACGACACUUCUGUUGGCUCUCUGUGCACCGUGGCAUGAUUGUCAAUUACCUAAUACCCAUCUUCCUGCUCAUUCUCACCACCACCAUCCUGGCCACUGUGACACUGCGCAAUCUACGCCGGAAGCAGCAGGAGGGCUUUGUGGAGAAUUUUGGUGGAGUGGUGCUGGAAGGACUAUCCCAGAGCACAAUAGAGUGUCGUAGGGAUCAGUAUGACAGUAAAUUUGAACUUGAAUCCCUCUCACUGGCAGAUCUGUCCAUUCAGAGUUCUCUUGAAGUUGAGGACUACAUUGGCUUCCGCAGUGCUGUCCGUCUAUCCCUGAUCUUUGAGCCACUUUUCUCCAUUUGCUGGUUCCUGGGUGUAGUUGCUCUUGAAAAUCGUGACACCUGGAUAAUGCCCAUUGUCUAUGUAACUACCUUCAAUAUUCUCAACUGGUCUCUCCUGUUUUCACGCAAUAAAAUCUGUCCCAUCAUGAAUGUAUCGCAGCCCCUGAUGGACACAAUGGUCACCACUGGAAGUGUCCGGAAGGGUGAUUUGAUUGAAGAUGGAACAGCAAAGAGUGCCACAAAUCACACUCCCUGCACUGAUACCAUUCCCCUACUUGUGGGAAAUCACAGGGAGUGUCCUGAAGUGACAAUAUCACCACCAAGUCAACAGGAGCCUCCGGAUUGUAUUCCAGAGUAGAUUUAUUGAAACAGGACCUAUGAUCCUGGCUGAAUUUAGACUCAUUCCCCGAUGGACUAAUGAAUUGACUUCAAUUAUACAUUUUAGCACAUUUAUUGGAAAUAAAUUCCCUACACCGA